GGUCUUUCUUAUUGCUUCUCUUCCCUUGUAACUCCAAAAAACAGCUUGAAAAAUUAAAAAAAAUACUUAGAGAGAGAGAAAAAAAAAAAAAAACUUCAACUUUUUUUCUCUCUGUUUUCUCUGUUUUGUUUUGAAAAAUAAAAUAAAAAUGGGAAUGGCAGCUGCAGAUCUACAGUUUCAUGUUUUAGCUGUUGAUGAUAGUUUAAUUGAUAGAAAACUCAUUGAAAGACUCUUUAAAAUCUCUUCUUGUCAAGUUACUACUGUGGAUUCUGGAAGUAAAGCUUUGGAAUUUCUUGGUUUACAAGAAGAACAUGAUGAACAGAAUCACCCUUGUGUUUCUCCUAGCAACCAACAGGAAGUGGAAAUUAAUCUUAUUAUAACAGAUUAUUGUAUGCCUGGGAUGACAGGCUAUGAUUUGUUAAAGAAAAUUAAGGAAUCUGCAUCUCUGAGGAACAUACCAGUAGUGAUUAUGUCAUCUGAAAAUGUUCCUUCAAGAAUCAGUAGAUGCUUAGAAGAAGGGGCAGAGGAAUUUUUCUUGAAGCCAGUAAGAUUAUCAGAUGUUAAUAAACUUAAACCUCAUAUGAUGAAAACCAAAUGUAAAAGCCCCAAACAACAACAACAACAACAAGCUGAGAUAAUUGUGACACAAGAAUCAAUAGACACAACAUAUGUUGUUACAUCACAAGACAAUCAAGAAUCAAUAGACACAACAUAUGUUGUUCCAUCACAACAAAAUCAAGAUUCAGACAACAUAGUACUACAACAACAGAAAUCACAAGACAACAAGAGAAAGGCCAUUGAAGAAAAUCUAUCACCAGACAGAACAAGACAAAGAUUGAGUAGUCUCACAACAGUUUAAUCUCUGUUGCAAAUAUGUUAACAUUUUUUUUUCUUAUUCAAUUUGGAAAUUUAAUCUAGAUAACCCCUUUUUGUUUUUCCUUUAUUCAACUUUUUAUUUAGUUAACAUAGUAUAGGACAAUGUGAGAUGAAUCCUAAUGUAGAGGGGAAGAGAAAAUCAUCCAUCUUUUUACAUGGGACCUCCAAAGGGCGGGUCAAAAGAGAAGGACUGAGAGACUUUUAGGCUGAUAAGCUUUUGAAGUAGUGCUGUAGUAUACGACACCUUAGUCAAAUUUCACAUCGGAAUGAGAGAGAAAAGUAAACUAUAAUAUAAGAGACAUGGUACGCGUGCUUUUGAGCUCAAUGAUGGGCCAAAGCAGAUAAUAUGUGCUAUGGACUAUGACAAUUGUUGUGUACAUUUUACAUGGGAAGAAAUUUUCAUAAAGUUUUGUUUUGCUAAUCUAAGAGAGGAGAAGUAUUGCCAAAGUAGAUAAAAAUGUGUUAUUUAGUUCUUGUAAAAAGACAACCAUUUUUAA